UAUCAGCUUUCAAGCCGGGAGUAGUAAUGAUAGAAUUGGUAUUUAUAUUUGUUUAAGUAAUAAAACUUUUCGAGUAUCAAAUUCAGCUAUAAAGAGCUGAAGCGAAAAAUUCUGCAAAAAUGUUUCCUACCAUUUUACUAUUUAUAAUAAGAAUAAGCAGUUGCUUGUUCAUAUAGUGCGUAUUCUAUAAAACUUGCUCACUGAGAGUGACUUGUUGCUAUAAACGAAUUCGUGUCUUAUGCAAAAAAAUUGGUUCAGGCAUAUAUAAUCACCACAGUGCUGUUUAUGUGUAUAGCAAAACAUUUUCGUAUAUAUAGGCUCCAAAUAUACAUUAUCAUGUUGACACUGGGGAAAGUGCCUUGUUCAAGCAGUGCCUAUAAUAAAACAUUUACAUCUAAAGAUACAUUAAAAACACUUAUCCAUACCGAAGAAAAACCUUAUUCAUGCAGUGUAUGUGAUAAAUCUUUUACACAGAAAUCUUAUUUAAAUAAACACAUUCGUGUUCAUACGAGAGACAAGCCUUAUUCAUGCCCUGUUUGUAAAACAUCUUAUAAAGAUGAAUGUAAAUUAAAAGAACAUUGUGUUAUUCAUACUGGAGAAAAGCCAUUCUCUUGUGAUGUGUGCAAUAAAACAUUCACACACAUGCAAUGGAUAAAUAAACACUAUGUUAUGAAACAUCCCUCAUGUAGUGUGUGUAAGAAAACAUUCACUAAUAUUACAGAUUUAAUAAAACACUGUCGUAUUCACACUGGUGAAAAGCCUUAUUCAUGCAGAUUGUGUGAUAAAGCAUUCUCUUUUAAAAGUAAUUUAGAUCUACACUUUCUUGUUCAUACUGGAGAGAAGCCAUUCUCAUGUAUUGUAUGUGAUAAAACAUUCUCACGCAAAGACAAAUUAAAUGUACAUUUUAUUACUCACACUGGAAAAAAGACAUUCUCAUGUACUUUGUGUGAUGAAACAUUUACAUUCGAAAGCAGUUUAAAGAAACAUUAUGCUAUUCAUGCCAAAGAGAAACCAUUUUCAUGUAAUAUGUGUAAUAAAAUGUUUGCAAGUAAUACUAAUUUAGGCAGACACUAUAGGAUUAUUCAUAAUGAAGGGAAAUCCUUCUCGUGUAGUGUAUGUUUCAAAAAAUUUGCCGACAAACGCAAUUUAAAUGAACAUUAUACUAUUCAUAAUAGAAAAAAGUUAUUCUCAUGUAGUAUGUGUAAUAAGACAUAUGCGCAUAAAGGCACUUUAAGAACACACUUUGCUACUCAUAUUGUAAAAAAUUCAUUAUCUUGUUCUGUGUGUAAUAAAACAUUUCUCUCUAAAGCCAACUUAAAUAAACACUAUAUUGUUCAUACUGGUGAGAAACCUCACUCAUGCAGUUUUUGUGGUAAAAAUUUUGCACGAGAAAUUUCUUUACGUAGACACUAUCUUAGUCAUACUGGUGAGAAGCCUUAUUCAUGCAAUGUGUGUAAUAAAACAUUCACACAGAAAUGCCACUUAAAUAGACAUCAUCUAGUUCAUACUGUAGAAAAACCUUAUUUAUGCAGUGUGUGUGAUAAGACCUUUACAGAGAAAUACCACUUGGAUGUACACAACCUAGUUCAUAGUAAAGAAAAGCCUUAUUCAUGCAAUGUGUGCGGUAAAACAUUCACACACAAAUACCCCUUGAAGAGACACAAUCUAGUUCAUAAGAAAGAAAAGCCUUAUUCAUGCAAUGUGUGUGAUAAAGCAUUCACACAUAAAUACGACUUGAAUAGACACAUUAAUCUUGUUCAUAAUAAACAAAAGCAUGCAAUGCAGUGUGUGUGAUUAAGCAUUCUCAUAGAAAGAUUAUCAAAGUAAUCACUUUCAUGUUAAUUCUUGUAAGCAAUCCUCAUGACCAUGUUCCUCAUAUGCUUAGCUAUUUAUGUGAUUUUAAAAAAAAAAUUUUAUUGUUUAAGCAAUAAAAAAAAUUAAUGCUAUG